GUAUCCAUGGAAACACUGCGAGUGUCUACUCCAAGACCUGGGACUUCCGUUUCGGUCCAGCCGGGCUGCGGCCAUUGUUUGUGUGGACUGAGUGUUUUGGCCAUCCCGGUCCACUCUCACAGGCUCCGUUAAGUGACAUGAACUCUCAGGAGGACUGAGCCAGAAGCGGACAGGGCAAGACGAGCUGUGCUUGAAGGAAGAGGGGCAGAAAAUCGAGGGUCAAGGGACUGAGAAGCUACUCCGGUUUAGAAACCCCAGAGACACCCGUGUAGAUGGGUACAUCACGGCUUCUCUCCCACGUUAAGACUUAAUAAAGGAACCUACCUUUGAUCAGCAAGGAAGGACUGGGGUGGCAAAGGCUUAUGCCCCCAUUUUACAGAAAGCCUGAUCUUUGACCAGAUGGCAGUAACAUUUGAAGAUGUGACUAUUAUUUUUACAUGGGAGGAGUGGAAAUUCCUGAAUUCUUCUCAAAAAAGACUCUACAGGGAGGUCAUGUGGGAGAACUACACAAAUGUCAUGUCAGUAGAAAACUGGAAUGAGAGCUACAAAUCCCAAGAAGAAAAAUUCAGAUACUUAGAAUAUGAAAAUUUUUCCUGCUGGCAAGGCUGGUGGAAUGCUGGCGCCCAGAUGUAUGAGAAUCAGAACUAUGGGGAAACUGUUCAAGGGGCAGAUUCCAAAGACCUCACACAGCAAGAUCGUUCCCAGUGUCAGGAAUGGUUAAUACUCUCCACACAAGUACCAGGGUAUGGGAACUAUGAACUGACUUUUGAAAGCAAAAGUCGCAGGAACUUAAAAUAUAAAAAUUUUAUGCCUUGGCAGUCCUUAGAAACAAAAACCACUCAAGACUAUGGUAGAGAAAUCUACAUGAGUGGUUCACAUGGUUUUCAAGGGGGCAGAUACCGUCUUGGCAUAUCCAGGAAAAACCUCUCCAUGGAAAAAGAACAGAAGCUCAUAGUUCAGCAUUCUUAUAUCCCAGUGGAGGAAGCCCUUCCACAGUACGUUGGGGUGAUAGGUCAAAAAGACCUACUGAGAGAUUCAAUGGAAGAAAAGUACUGUGGAUGUAAUAAAUGUAAAGAAAUUUAUUAUUGGAACUCACGGUGUGUUUUCCACAAGAGAAAUCAACCUGGAGAAAACCUCUAUCGAUGCUCCAUCCGUAAAGCAUGCUUCUCUCAGAGAUCAGACUUGUAUAGACAUCCAAGAAACCACAUAGGUAAGAAGCUGUACGGAUGUGAUGAAGUUGACGGUAACUUUCAUCAGAGCUCCGGAGUUCACUUUCAUCAGAGAGUUCACAUAGGGGAGGUACCUUAUAGCUGUAAUGCAUGUGGUAAGAGCUUCAGCCAGAUCUCUAGUCUUCACAAUCAUCAAAGAGUCCACACAGAAGAGAAAUUCUAUAAAAUUGAGUGUGAUAAAGACCUCAGUAGAAAUUCAUUACUUCACAUUCACCAGAGACUUCACAUAGGAGAGAAGCCUUUUAAGUGCAAUCAGUGUGGUAAGAGUUUUAAUCGGAGUUCAGUACUUCAUGUUCAUCAGAGAGUCCACACAGGAGAAAAACCAUAUAAGUGUGAUGAGUGUGGUAAGGGUUUCAGCCAGAGCUCAAAUCUUCGAAUUCAUCAGUUAGUACACACAGGAGAGAAGUCUUAUAAAUGUGAAGACUGUGGUAAAGGCUUUACCCAGCGCUCAAAUCUUCAAAUUCAUCAGAGAGUGCAUACAGGAGAGAAACCUUAUAAAUGUGAUGACUGUGGAAAGGACUUUAGUCACAGCUCAGAUCUUCGCAUUCAUCAGAGAGUCCAUACAGGGGAGAAACCCUAUACUUGUCCUGAAUGUGGGAAGGGCUUCAGUAAGAGUUCAAAGCUUCACACUCAUCAAAGAGUACAUACUGGAGAGAAACCCUACAAAUGUGAAGAGUGUGGCAAGGGAUUCAGUCAGCGUUCACAUCUUCUCAUUCAUCAGAGAGUCCAUACAGGAGAAAAGCCCUAUAAAUGUCAUGAUUGUGGAAAGGGUUUUAGUCACAGUUCUAAUCUUCACAUUCAUCAGAGGGUCCAUACAGGAGAGAAGCCUUAUCAAUGUGCUAAGUGUGGUAAAGGUUUCAGUCAUAGCUCAGCUCUUCGAAUUCAUCAAAGAGUCCAUGCAGGAGAGAAACCUUACAAAUGCCGUGAAUAUUAUAAGGGAAUUGAUCAUAAUUCACAUCUUCACAAUAAUCAUAGAAGAGGAAACUUAUAAAUAUUGUUCAUUUAGUUAACAGCUUUAAUCAAAGUUUACCUAACCUUUAAACCCCAUAAAUCCUGCUGUUAAGGAAAUCUUAUAAAUAACACAAGUAAUCCCAAGCAACAUUUAUAGUUUCCCCUAUCUCCCACUAAGAAUUAUUUGCUUCAAAAGGAGAUCUUUAGAAAAAUCCCUAUAUAUUUAAAAUUAUAGUGUAUUUUUCUUUACCUACUAUAAAUAUAAUAGUCAUAAAUAUAUUAAACAUUUAAGGAGAAAACUCUUCAUCCUAUUUCAUUCUAGUCUUUUUUUCUGUGCAUUUUAAUGUGCAUGAAAUUAUAUUGUGUGUUCAACUUUGUAUUUUCACUGUCUUCAAAAUAUUUACUUAAAUUUUGGUUUGAAUUGAAACUGGUUGGCCAUCUGUUAAACAACAUCUCUUAACUCCCCUAAAAAGUCCCUAGGAAGUAACAGAAAAGAUGGAAACACACAGAACUUAAAACUCAGUUUUGGCCGGUAGAAUUCAAUUGUUUAUGGACAAAAGCCACCUAAUAAAAGAUAGGAAAGCACUGUA